AUGACCGUCGAAAUGAAAUUUCCUCAAUUCAAGCUGGAGGGUGAUAUAGUUAAUGAUAUUCUUAUCAAUUCCAGAAAUAGAACUAUUGCCUGGAGUGCAUGCGUCAAAGCCAAUUACUUAAAGGAGGAAGAGGCCAAUUGUCUUAAGAGAGUGUCUGAUUGUGCUGAAGUGAAGGACAGAGUCAACGUGAUAAUGAAGGAUGCUGAUUUGUAUGCAGAAAAGAUGAUUUCGAUAGUUUCUAGGCCCACUCAGGAUGAUAUAGCGCGGUUUGUUCUUGUCAUUAUAGUGGAUACAUUGGUGACACCCGAUAGAGAUUUCUCCAAAUACAUCUUGGGCACUUCGCACGUGAACUCAUCACUUCCUUAUGCACCAUUAACGAAGCUACUUGAGUCAAAAGACGAGUCCAUCCGUCUAUGUGCUUCUUAUGUCUUAACAUUGCUCUUAACUAGUCGGGAUGCUGCUAAAAGUGGCAAAGAAAAGACACUCCUACCUCUAUACAGGUUCAUAGACAAGUCAUUAUUGAAGGACGAGAGCGUAGAUAUGAAUUUUGUUGGUGUACAGUUGUUGAAGGAGCUAUUGCAGAUCAAAAUAUACCGGGAUUUCUACUGGAAGCACCAAAAAGAGCUAUUUCCUUCACUCUUACAAAUUCUCCUGGAGAGAAGGGGUGAACUACAGAUGAAGUAUUAUACAGUAUUUUCAGUGUGGCUUAUUACAUUCAACAAGAGUGCCGUGGUGGACCUGAAUGAACAGUAUCCCAACAUUAUUGAGAUUUUAUAUGCAAUUGGUAAGGAUGCUGUAAAGGAGAAGAUCGUUAGACUGGCCAUAGACUCUCUUAUUAAUCUUUUGAACAUUUCAGAUAAAAGAGAGAAGGAACAGGUCGUGAAACACUAUCUUCUUGCAGAAGGUUUAGAGAUCACCAAGCAGCUUUUGGAAAGAAAAUGGGCAGACGAAGAAUUAAAGGCCGAUUUGAACGAUAUGCUAGAAACUUUAGAUGAUGCCGUUACUACUUUGACGACAUUUGAUGAAUAUGCGAACGAAUUGAAGACAAAAACGUUUGUUUGGUCACCAUCCCAUAAAUCUGAGGAGUUUUGGUACGAGAAUAUCGACAAGUUUAAGGAGAACAACUGGAGAUUGUUGAAAGAGAUGGUUGCAUUAUUAGGUGAAAAAAAGACUGAUGAUGAAAAGAAAUUAUAUCAGAAUCAAGCAAUCGUUUGCUUUGACAUCAGUCAGAUGAUUAAGCAGGCCCCAGAGACCGCGAAAGUGUUGGAAAAGAUAGGAGGGAAAUCCAAGGUGAUGAAUCUUAUGAACUCUCAAAAUCAGAAUGUCAAAUAUGAGGCCCUUAGGACGACACAGCAGUUGGUUGCAAUGACGUUGUGA